GCAGGUCGACACUAAGUUUGAUCAUGUUACUGUAAUAAGAUAAUUAAGAUAUGAUAUACAACACAAGAGGCCAAAAUCACGAGCAGAGGUCAUAACAUUUUCUGUUUCUUCUCCAGUAUUCAUGUGAGUCUUGUCGAAUUUGAUCCUCCCUCUUCUUCCUCAAAUCUCCAUGUACAGUUCAUAAUUCGAUCUGGUUUCUUCUUUCUUGGCCAAAUUUCAAAUCCCAAAAGACUCAACAAGAAUCAUCAUCAUGAAAGGGCAUAAAAAGACGAUGACUAAGCAGACAACGGCGAGACGUGACGACACGCCGUUACUCACGGCGGUUAGAGAAGGCAACACGGAGCUUAUUUUGCAGAUGAUCGGUGAAUACGACGGCGUAGAGCUGAAAGAGUUGCUGGCGGAACAAAACCAGUCAGGAGAAACGGCUUUAUACGUGGCGGCGGAGUCCGGUCACACCGACAUGGUUAAGAUUCUGAUGAAACACUCCGACUCUGUCUUAGCCGGAACCAAGGCCAAAAACGGCUUCGACGCCUUUCACAUCGCCGCCAAAAACGGAAAUCUAAAGAUUCUUGAUGUGUUAAUGGAAGCAAACCCAGAGCUUUCAUUUACAUUUGAUUCAUCCAAAACGACAGCGCUUCACACGGCCGCUUCUCAGGGCCAUGGAGAGAUCGUUUGUUUCCUGCUGGAUAAAGGUGUGGACUUGGCCGCUAUUGCAAGAAGCAACGGUAAAACCGCUUUGCACUCUGCGGCUAGGAACGGGCACACAGAGAUUGUCAAGGAGCUGCUUGGAAAGAAGGCUGGAAUGGUUACAAGAGUCGACAAGAAAGGUCAAACCGCGCUUCAUAUGGCGGUCAAAGGACAGAACGCUGAGAUCGUUGAUGCGUUGAUGAAAGCAAAUUCUUCGUUGAUCAAUGCAGCCGAUAAUAAAGGCAACACUCCUUUGCAUAUCGCAGUCCGUAAAAACAGAGCAGAGGUAAUUAAUUGUUUCAAAGUUGGAACCUUUCAUGAAUCUUUCAUAUUUCAAAGUUGGAAUCUUUCUUCUUUUUCUUGGCAGAUUGUUCAGACGGUUUUAAAGUAUGAUGAGAUCAGUAGAGUGGGGGUUAAUAAAUCAGGGGAAACAGCUCUUGAUAUCGCUGAGAAAACAGGACUGCACGAGAUUGUAGCGCUUCUGCAGAAGAUCGGUAUGCAGAACGCGAGAUCCAUCAAGCCAGCUGCAACGACGGAAACAUCAGGCGGCUCAUCUAGGAAACUGAAAGAAACGGUUAGCGAAAUAGGCCACGAGGUGCACACACAGCUUGAACAUACAGGUAGAACGAGAAGAGAGAUCCAAGGAAUCGCUAAACGAGUCAACAAAAUGCACACGGAAGGACUCAACAACGCGAUAAACUCCACAACCGUAGUCGCCAUUCUCAUAGCAACCGUGGCUUUCGCAGCUAUCUUCAACGUUCCAGGCCAGUUCACGGAUGAUCCGAAUAAUGUUCCGCCAGGGUACACAGUUGGAGAAGCGAGAGCAGCUUCAAGACCCGAGUUUUUGAUAUUUGUUGUGUUUGAUUCUUUCGCGCUCUUCAUCUCUUUGGCCGUGGUUGUUGUUCAGACAUCAGUGGUGGUUAUAGAGAGGAAGGCGAAGAAGCAAAUGAUGGCGAUAAUCAACAAGCUCAUGUGGAUGGCUUGCAUAAUGAUCUCUGUCGCCUUCUUAUCGCUGUCUUUUGUUGUUGUCGGAGAUAAAGAGAAGCCUUUGGCGAUUGGUGUAACCGCCAUUGGAGCUUUGAUCAUGGUUUCAACACUUGGGACUAUGUGUUAUUGGGUGGUUGCGAAUCGGAUUGAAGGUUCUAAGUCGUCUCCAGCUUCAAUGAUGUCAGAUCCUGAGUUAGUUGAUCACAAGCAUAACCGGAAACUUUAUGCGGUUUGAUUAGAGUGAAAGGGGCAGUAUAAUUCAUUGAAGAACACAGAGAUUUUGUAUCUACAAAUAAAAGAGAUCUCUCUGUACUAAAUACGAGAAGCAAGAAGUUCUCAGAAGUGUGUUACAACAUAAACUAGAAAAAACGUACAUCUUUCUGUACUCUACUUUGCCUCUUCAAAGUCUAAACCGACUUAGAUGUUACAGAAA